UUAGAAGAUGUCUUUUUUUAUUGAAAAGAGUAUGCUAGCAUCAAGAUUUCUAUUUUGCCUAAUAGCCAUUUCGAUUUUGGUCUUGAUUGUUUCUUCAUUGUCCCUUGUCCAAUUUGCUGACAAUUCAUUCAUUGUGAAUACUAAUAAUUCUUCUCUUUACUCAACCUCAUGUGUAGAAUCUAAAAUCCCUUUUUCUUCUAUUAGCAAUUCACGUGGAUAUAUAUGUGACACUAAACAAGCUCUUCUUAGGGUGUAUAUGUAUGACUUACCCCCUGAAUUUCACUUUGGGCUAUUAGGUUGGAAAGGAAACGGAAAGGAAAUGUGGCCCAAUGUUGAUAUACAGGGUCACAUACCCUCAUACCCCGGUGCCUUAAAUUUACAACAUAGCGUUGAAUAUUGGCUUACCCUUGAUCUUCUAUCGUCUAAUAUUACAAGACCAUGCACUGCUAUUAGAGUGAAGAAUUCAAGUGAGGCCGAUGUAGUUUUUGUCCCAUUCUUUUCGUCUUUGAGUUACAACAGGCAUUCUAGGCCUCCUAGGAAGGGAAAGGUCAGUUUAAAUGGAAUACUACAGGAUAAAGUGGUAGAGUUUUUAAGAAGUAGACAUGAGUGGAAGAUAAAUGGUGGCGUAAAUCAUGUGAUUGUUGCUCACCAUCCUAAUAGCAUGUUGGUUGCAAGAAAGAAGUUGAGCUCUGCAAUGUUUGUGCUUGCAGAUUUUGGAAGGUACCGAACAAAAAUAGCAAAUAUUGAAAAGGAUGUGAUUGCGCCUUACAAACAUAUCGUCAGGACAUUAGAUGCUAACAACUCGCCCUCUUUUGAGCAACGUCAUAUAUUAGUUUAUUUCCAGGGGGCAAUUUAUAGGAAAAGUGGUGGAACGAUCCGUCAAGUAUUAUACAACCUUCUCAAGAACGAAAGAGAUGUACACUUCACUUUUGGAAGCGUCAAAUCAAAUGGUGUUAGGGAGGCUGGACGUGGAAUGGCCUCUUCCAAAUUCUGCCUGAAUAUUGUUGGAGACACCCCUUCAUCCAACCGCUUAUUUGAUGCUAUUUCUAGUCAUUGUAUUCCUGUAAUUAUUAGUGAUGAUAUUGAGCUACCAUUUGAAGAUGUUCUCGAUUAUUCCAAGUUUUGCAUCUUUAUUCGUUCUUCAUACGCUGUAAGGAAGGGAUAUCUUCUUAAUUUCCUUAGAGGAAUCAAGGAGGAUCAGUGGAUCAAAAUGUGGAAAAGGUUGAAGGAGUUCACAAAACAUUUUGAGUACCAAUAUCCAUCCCAACCUAAUGAUGCAGUUGAUAUGAUUUGGCAGGCAAUUGCAAGAAAGUUGUCGUUUAUGCAACUGAAGGCUCAUCGCCACAACAGAUAUCGUACUUCAUAGCUCAUUGUAC